CUGAAGUAUGGACAUGUGUUCUCUUCCGUCUUACUGACUCUUUCUACAUACAUCGAAAUGGCAGAAGCCAGCGUUCCUUUGUCUCAUGAUCAGUUCAGUUGUUCAAUCUGUCUGGAUCUUCUGAAGGAACCAGUGACCAUUCCCUGUGGACACAGUUACUGUAUGAGCUGUAUUAUGGAUUACUGGGAUCAGAAGAGAGUCUACAGCUGCCCUCAGUGCAGACAGACCUUCACUCCAAGACCUGUUUUAGGUAAAAACACAAUGCUGGCUGAUGUGGUGGAGAAACUCAAGAACACUAAACUACAAGUUGCUCGUCCUGAUCUCUGUUAUGCUGGACCUGAAAAUGUGGAGUGUGAUGUCUGUACUGAGAGAAAACACAAAGCUGUCAAAUCAUGUCUGAUGUGCCUAAGCUCUUACUGUCAAACUCAUUUUGAGCCUCUUUACUGUCAAACUCAUUUUGAGCGUCAUGAAGAACUUCAUUCAGGAAAGCGUCACAAAGUGACUGAUGCCACUGGACGACUUCAGGAGAUGAUCUGCCCUCAACAUGAUAAACUUUUAGAGACUUACUGCCGUAGUGAUCAGUGCUGUAUAUGUUAUCUGUGUAUGGUGGAUGAACACAACAAACAUGAUACUGUAUCAACUGCAGCAGAAAGAACCGAGAAACAGAAACAACUGAAGGAAAUACAGAGAGAAUACCAGCAGAGGAUUCAGGAGAGACAAAAGGAGUUUCAGGAGUUGAGAGAGGCUGUAGAGAUUCAUAAGCGCUCUGCUCAGGCAGCAGUGGAGGACAGUGAGAGGAUCUUUACUGAACUGAUCCGCUCCAUUGAGAGAAGUCGCUCUGAGAUGAUAAAGCUGAUCAGAGAUCAGGAAAAGACUGCAGUGAGUCAAGCUAAAGAACUCUUGAAGCGUCUGGAGCAGGAGAUUGAUGAUCUGAGUAGGAGAGACACUGAGCUUGAGCAGCUUUCACACACAGAUGAUCACAUCCAUUUCCUCCAGAGUUUCCAGUCUCUCUGUGUUCCUCCUGGAUCUCCAGACUCACUCAACAUCACUGUCAGUUCUCUCCUCUCACUUGACGAUGUUCAAAAAAUUAGAGAGAAACUGGAGUGUUUGUGCAGAGAACGUAUCCAAAGGACGUUUGAUAGAGAGAAUCAUAACUAUGACAUCAAAUAG